UACUCUCCAAAACAAACUCACAACGCUCCAAACAAACCAUUGUCACUCAUCCAUAAACCUCUCUCUUUCUUCUCUCUCUCUCUCGUUUGGAUCUGGCCGUUGAUUUUCUCCCGACGGCGAUAAGUUUGUUGCAUGAACGCCGGUGAUGGCUUCUGUUUGCGUCAACAAUGUUACUGUUUCUCAGGAUUUUCCUACUUACGGAUGUUUCAAUCCACGAGCUUCUUUCAGCCGUGACGACGGUGGUCGGAGUUCUGGAUCCGUCGCAUCGGAGAUUCCGAAGGAGGAAACAGCAGUCGGAGCUGGUGAUUUCGAGUUUAGGUUAGAGGAGGAUCCAGUCGGAAUGCUCCCAGCCGAUGAGCUUUUCUCCGACGGUAAACUCGUGACGAAGCAGCAACAACAACAGACGACGGAGAUCGGCGGGAAAUGCAGGAGGAUGGAAGUCGUGGAGAUUGAGAUCUCCGGGGGUGGCGAUAAUUGCUCGUUUUCUCCAAAGGCGCCACGGUGUUCAAGUAGAUGGAGGGACUUGUUAGGACUCAAACGAUUCUCUCAGAAUAGCAGCAAAUCCGCGUCGACUGCGACGACGACGACGACGAAUCCGAGAUCGUCAACUUCGUCGUUGAAACAGUUCUUGCAUCGGAGCUCCAGGUCCUCGUCGUCCUCUUCAGAUGCUUCGUUACUCAUGAGUCUUCCUCUCCUCAAAGAUUCCGAUUCCGAAUCUGUCUCUAUAUCCUCUUCUCGUAUGUCUCUCUCCUCUUCCUCCUCUGGCCAUGACCACGAAGAUCUUCCAAGACUCUCUCUCGAUGCAGAGAGACCUAACCAAAACCACAUCAUUAACCUCAACCACAAUCUCACUGCGAAUCCAUUUGCUCCGGCUCGUAGCCUAAACCCAAAUCCACCGAGAAUGAGGUUAGUGAACCAUUCAACAUCAGGAACCGGAGGAGGAAGAGUUGGACGCAGUCCGAUGCGACGUUCCGGUGGAGAAACAUCAGCCAUAAUGAACAGAGGAGUCUCUGUAGACAGUCCAAGACUAAACUCUUCAGGUAAAAUCGUGUUCCAGAAUCUAGAACGAAGCUCAAGCAGUCCGAGUAGCUUCAAUGGUGGAACAAGCGGGUAUAGACACAGAGGAAUGGAGAGAUCGUAUAGCUCAAACGUUAGGGUUACUCCAGUUUUGAACGUUCCCGUUUGCUCAAUCAGAGGUGGUUCAGUAGUCUUUGGUCAGUUUUUCUCUUCCUCGUCAUCUUCAUCUUCGUCGCAGAACAAUAGAACAGGGAACAACAACAAUAAUAGAGCGUCGUGUCACAUCAGUAGAGGCCGUAACUCCACGGAUCGAAUCUAACCCGACUAUUAUAAAUGAAGGAACCAUCAAUGGUAACAACAACACUGUAUUGAUUCAACAGUAGCUAGCUAGUACUCUAGUAGUAAUCAUUCUGUUUUUUGGUUUGUUUACAACAAAUCUUAUUUUUAACAGAGCUUUUUUUUUAUAAGGUAUUAGAAUUGUCCUGGGUGUGUAAAUAAAGAAUCUGCCAUUGGUGAAGUGUAAUUCUAGGGUUCAUUGACAUAGAUAGAGACACAAAAUUGGAAAUGGAGACUCCUAAAUUGUGUGUUUUUGCUUGUGCUUGGGUUGAGAGAGACACAUAGAGAGAGUGAGGUAGACGCGCUAAAGGGAUGCGCGUGGGUCAGAACAUAGGAAACAGAUUCUUUUGCUCUCUAUCAUAUGCUCUUCUUCUGCGUGUAUUUGCGCUCUCCCCACGUUGAAGCUUAUCUAAGCUGUCUCUUUCAUGUGAUUUUAUUUUUAAUGUAUCUUUUUAUUAUAUAGUUUAUUUUGUCGUUUUCUGUGUUUCGGAAAUGAUGCAGUCUUCAGAGACUUUACCACACUUUUCUCUUUCUUUCUUUAUUUUGAGUUUUUUUUUUUUCUUUUUUUUUGCGGUUUAUUUAUUCGUUGGUUGUUGUUUUGUUAAUCAAGGAAGGUUCGUUUAACCAUUAAUGUUGGAGCUAUUGGUGGUCUUCGGUUUGAAUCAUCACAUGUUUAAGUGUCAGGA